CCAUGACUUCUUGCAGUCAGCACUUUCACCUUCUGAACUAAGGACUCAAGACAGAAAAAUGACAGCAGCUACCGAGGUGGUGGACGACGCUGCCACAUCGGCAACUAACACUUUCUAUUACCUUCUUAUCCCUGCACUUGUACUUGGUUUUGUGUACUGGAAACUUCAGAGAAGAAGAUUCGUGGAUCUGGCAAACAAACUUCCUGGCCCCAGAGGAUACCCCAUCAUUGGAAAUGCAAUGGAUUUCUUGGGGAAUUCCCUGGAGACAACAGAGAGAUUUAUUCAAUUCUCCUUCAAUUACGGUAACAUCAUGAGAUUUUGGAUUUUCCACAAGUUAGUGGUCUUCAUUGCAGAUCCAAGGGAUGUUGAGCUGAUCUUGGGAAACAGCACCCACCUUGACAAAUCGGAAGAGUACAGGUUCUUUAAACCGUGGCUUGGAGAAGGUCUGCUGAUCAGCUCCGGCCAGAAAUGGAAGUCACAUCGCAAACUUAUUGCACCAACAUUCCAUCUUAACGUGCUAAAAUCUUUUGUUGAACUGUUCAACGCGAACAGCAGAGCUGUAUGCGAGAAGAUGGCCAAAGAGAACGGCAAGACUUUUGACUGCCACGACUACAUGAGCGAGUGCACAGUCGAAAUUCUUCUAGAGACCGCCAUGGGUGUGAGCAAGAAGACGCAGGAUAGGAGUGGAUACGAGUAUGCUAUGGCAGUCAUGAAAAUGUGCAAUAUUCUCCAUCUCAGGCAAGCGAAGAUUUGGCUCAGACCAGACUGGCUGUUCAAGAUCACUAAGUAUGGCAAAGAGCAGAUUGACCUACUCGACGUCAUCCACGGGCUCACCAAGAAGGUAAUCAAGAGGAAGAAGGAGGAGAUCAGCAGUGGCAAUAAGAAAUAUAUCGAAUCUUCAAUAAACCCUGAGGAAAAAUCUGUAACAACGGCGUUCAAAAGUCUGAAGGACGAUUUGGACGAACAAGAUGAGAACGACGUUGGUCAGAAGAAGCGACUGGCCUUCUUGGAUCUGAUGAUUGAAACCUCACAGAAUGGUGUUGUGCUUACUGAUGAGGAAAUUAAGGAAGAGGUUGACACCAUAAUGUUUGAGGGUCAUGACACCACUGCAGCAGGCAGUAGCUUCUUCCUCUGCCUCAUGGGACUCCACCAGAAAUACCAGGAUAUGUGCGUCCAGGAAUUGAACCAGAUCUUCGGGGAUUCUGAUCGACCGGCAACGUUCGCUGACACCUUGGAGAUGAAGUUCCUCGAGCGAUGCCUGCUGGAGGCCCUGCGCAUGUACCCCCCUGUGCCCAUCAUUGCCAGAAAGCUGCAGGAAGACGUCAAAUUGGCUUCAUCAGGACAUAUAGUACCCAAAGGAACUACGAUCGUUGUUGCUACCGUCAAGACUCACCGUUUGGAGACAUACUGGGAGAACCCUGACGUGUACAACCCUGACAACCACCUGCCAGAGAAGGCCGCUGAGAGACACUUUUAUUCCUUCAUCCCUUUCAGUGCCGGCCCCAGAAGCUGUGUCGGCCGCAAGUACGCAUUACUGAAGCUUAAGAUCAUACUAUCAACAAUCCUAAGGAAUUUCAAAGUAUAUUCGGAUAUCCCGGAAGAUGACUACCGUCUCCAGGCCGACAUCAUUCUCAAGAGGGCUGAUGGAUUCAAGAUCAGGCUGGAGCCACGCAGGAAGAACAUUAUGGCUUCCUAAACGUUGCUUUGUACCUCAAGGUCAAACUACAUCUAAUAUCAGAUUGAUACCUGUAUUAUGACCAGCCAUGAUAUGUGGAACCCCUAACCGAAGUUUAUAGAUAUAUACUAAAUAAAUUCCAUAUAGAAUGGUUACUUUUCACAAUAAUUAUUUAUCUACUUUUUGAAUUUUGGACGUAUUGGUUAUAUCUAUAUAUUUUUCUAUUAAACCUGUAAUCUCGGACAAGUGUAUAUUUUUUCACUGAAUACCCUUAAACCAAUUAGCUAUUUUACGGGCAUACGGUGGUUUUACAAGUGUCAGUUGGAAGUAGGAAACAGUUAUGUAUUUAAGGAGUGUUAAUGUGUAUGAGUGUAUAAAUAUAAUAAAGUAAAUGAGACAAUAA